UGUUCCCUCUGGCAUAGAGCCACAUGCUUUCUUCCAUCUGAUCCCCUCAGCACUUCUCUGUCUCUCUCUGUCUCUGCUGAAAGGGGGACAUAAAGAAGUGGCCAAGAUGUCUGAGAAGAAGAUGACAUCCAGCCGUCGGCACCAUCUGAAGAGCUUGAUGCUACAGAUCGCUCAGGGGUUUCUUGAGGCCGAGGCUGCAGAAGCAGAGGAAGAGAAGCAGAGAUACAUGGACGAGAACUGCCCUUCACUCUCUCUGCCUGGAACAAUGCAGGAUCUGCAGGAUCUAUGUAGGAAGUUACACCAGCAGAUUGAUCUUGCUGAUGAGCAGAGAUAUGACAUGGAGAGCAAAGUGGCAAAGUCCAAUAAAGAGAUCGAUGAUCUGAAGUUGAAAGUGCAGGACCUGAAGGGCAAGUUCAAGAAGCCAGUUCUGAAGAAAGUGCGCAUGUCUGCUGAUGCUAUGCUGCAGGCUUUGCUCGGCUCCAAGCACAAGGUUUCGAUGGACCUGAGGGCCAACCUCAAGCAAGUCAAGAAAGAGACUAAAGAAGAGGAGAAAGAGUCUGUGGGUGACUGGCGUAAGAACAUCGAGGAUAAGGCUGGCAUGGACGGCAGGAAAAAGAUGUUUGAGUCAGAGGCAUAAAUUUGUUAUUUGUAGAUUAUUUUACAUUUAAAUUAGAUGAUUUAUUUGUU